AUGGCCUCAAAAUCUAAUAUCAAAGGUUCCGUGGAAAAGCAGAGUAAAACUACUGGUAGUCAGGCAUUAGAAGAAAAUUGUCGCAGGCCUUCACCUUUGCAGGUUACCGUAGAAGCAACAGUGAACAAAAAGUCACAGGAUUUUCAGCAAAAGGGGCCUGCUAAUUAUUUAGGUGAUAAAUUAGAUUUAAGCUUAUCUUUGGGUGAUUCGAAACAAGUACCAACAAGCAUAAAUCCUACACCAAGUGAAACGAGAGGCUCAGUUGAUCAGGAAAAGAAAAGAGCGGAGCAUAGAACUGUCAAGGAUUGCUCAGCCUCUGCCAAGGUCAGCGAUGGAGCCAGCAGCCUUGCAAAAACUAGCGGAAGUGCCAAAAUUAGUGAUCGAGCUGAUUUUGUUGAAAGUGGCAAGAGCAGCAUGUGUAGGGGUAGCACAAGCAGUGAUGUAAGUGAUGAAAGCACUUGUAGCAGCUUGCGUAGCAGUAUUAACAAACCUCAUAAAGCCAAUCACUCAAAAUGGGAGGCCAUUCGAGCUGCCGGAGCAAAAGAUGGGGUCUUAGGUUUGUGUCACUUCAGAUUGCUGAAGAAGUUGGGCUGCGGGGAUAUUUGUAGUGUCUAUCUUUCAGAGUUGAGUGGUACAAAAUGUUAUUUUGCCAUGAAGAUCAUGGACAAAGCAUCAGUAGCAGGCCGUAAGAAGUUGCUUCGCGCACAGACAGAAAGAGAGAUUCUGCAGUCUUUGGACCAUCCCUUUCUUCCGACCUUAUAUUCCCAUUUUGAGACAGACAAAUUCUCGUGUUUGGUGAUGGAGUUCUGUCCCAGAGGUGACUUACAUACACUUAGACAGAGGCAACCAGGAAAGCAUUUUUCUGAACAAGCUGUAAAGUAUGAAUCUCAUUCCUGCUGA